GGAUAAUAAUCUCAUUAUUAUCCAGUAACUUAAGCCCAAUCAGGUGAGGACAUGGCAAGCACCAUCAGCGACGAAAGUAUUUAUGUUCUCGAAAAAGACAACACUGACAAAGACCUGAUUAUCUUGCAUGUGAUCAUACAGUCAUUGUGGCAUUUGAGGUUCUUCAGAAUUGACUUUUUAAGGGAACGGUCUGUAUGGAUCCUGUGUAUCAAUGAGGAUCACUGUAUCGCUGACCAAUUAUAUGAAAUCUUCUCUGCUUGGGAGAAAAAUGAAAAUGAUAGAGUGGCUGUUUUCCUGACUUCCAUGAAGGCCAGUCUCUGUAAAAUUGCAAAUGAUAACAUGUUUCAAAAGCUGCAGGCUGGAAAAUUAAUUGCUUCUGAGGCUGUGGCAAUGAUUCUUCAAGGACUGCAUAUGUCAGGAACUUCAUUUCAUUUUGAGUUCAACAAUGAUAUUGAGGGACGUCUAGUAAGCCCUGUCAGCUGCAGAGAUUGCAUAUGCCGAACACAUAAUCUUUUUGGGGUUCAGCUCCAAAUGAGCUGCAGGUGUGGGAAUUCUUUCGAUGAGAAGGAACAUACUACAGUUUUCUAUAAACUUCAUGCCGGUUCACCUCAAACAACAAAGAUCAAGUCCUUUGCAGAGCUUCCGGUUCUAUAUGAUGAGCAGUCAUGCUUUGAGGCCAAUUGCGAGCAUUGUGGAAGUCCAAAAAACACUGAUGUUUUUCCUUCAAAUACACCACAUUUCUUCACAAUAGGUUUAGACUGGUCUGGUGGCUGUGAAAACCAGGUUGAGCUAUCUGAAGUUCUGGUUGGCAUUGCACAUCCCCUUGAUAUUAAACUUCUUUGCAAGGGUGUUCACUCCUCAGCAAACUAUUCUCUGACCUCAAUGAUCUCCUAUGCUGAUGGGCGCUACAUCUGCUUUGCGCGCGACCAGGACAAGUGGCUCAGCUCUGAUGCCAAAACUGUUGAGACAAAAGAUUCUUGGGAGCAGUUGCUUGAACGCUUCAGAGACUGCACGCUCCAACCUGAAGUUCUAUUCUUCGAGGUCAUCAAGUAGAGAUCAUCGACAAAUUUGCCUGGAAGAACCGUGUCAUAACAUAACUUCAGAGUUAAAUUUGGCUUGUUGUUACAUGUCACCAUCUUGAUGCAAACUGUUCUGAUACACAACCUCCUUUGUUGUAAAUGCGUGAUAACAUUUUCUUUCCGGCCAUGUCAUGGUAAAGGAACGUCUGAUAUUGAGCUGAAACCAUUUGCUACCAGGGUAUUAUUAUCUAACCAGUUGCUCAA